CAACGGAUGUUAAAUGCUACUGCUGAUGAUGAUGAUGAUGAUAAUGUUUUUUUUCUCUCUCUUUUUCUCCCAGACACAAUGAGAAUCCUGCAGGAUUACUGGUGGAGUCCAAUAUAAUGCCUUCAGUCAAAUAUCAGGAUCCUGGAGCUAACAGUUUAGUAUGCACCGUCUGUACCAUCUGGUAUUCCCGAGACAGGAUGGAGUGUCUAACCUGCGGCCAUCCCUUCUGCAAAGAAUGCUGGGAUAGAUAUUUUCAAGUACAAAUCUACCAAGGGGUCACCACACGAAUUCAGUGUAUGGCAGCGGAGUGUAACGUGCUCGUACCGGAGAACAUAAUCUGUGAAGUUCUCAGUCAGCCGGACAUCCGAGACCGAUACAUGAGACUUACAUUUAUGGACCACGUCAAGACCCAUCCUGAGUUGCGAUUCUGCCCUGGUCCCAACUGCCCAGUAAUAGUCAGAGCCCCACAGCCCCAAGCCAAAAAAGUGGACUGUUCCAAAUGCAAAACUUCUUUUUGUUUCAGAUGCGGAAUAGAAUACCACGCUCCCACUGAUUGUAAUACCAUCAAGAAAUGGUUAACAAAGUGUGCCGAUGAUUCCGAGACUGCAAACUACAUAUCGGCUCACACUAAAGAUUGUCCAAGAUGUCACGUUUGCAUAGAGAAGAAUGGUGGAUGUAAUCACAUGCAAUGUUCACGAUGCAAACAUGAUUUUUGCUGGAUGUGUUUAGGAGAUUGGAAAACUCAUGGUAGCGAAUACUACGAAUGCAGUCGUUACAAAGAAAACCCCAACAUUGCUAAUGAAUCUGCCCAUGCGCAAGCGAGGGAGGCCCUCAAGAAAUACCUCUUCUAUUUUGAAAGGUGGGAUAAUCAUGCCAAAAGUCUUAAACUUGAAGAACAGACCCUGACUAGCAUCAAAAGUAGAAUCCAAGACAAGGUGAUGAAUAACUCUGGAACGUGGAUUGAUUGGCAAUAUCUGCUUGAUGCUGCAACUCUGUUGAAAAAGUGCCGAUACACUUUACAGUACACCUACCCAUACGCCUAUUAUAUGGAUAAAGGGGCAAGAAAGGAGCUGUUUGAAUAUCAACAGGCUCAGUUGGAGGCAGAGGUUGAAAAUUUGUCCUGGAAGAUAGAGAGAGCUGAAAUCACAGACAGAGGGGAUUUGGAAAACCAGAUGGAUGUUGCUGAGAAGAGGAGACUGACAUUACUGAAAGACUUUCUUGAGAUUUAGGCACAGACACACAACCAUGCACGUAUACACACACACACACACAUGCCCAAUAACAUACGUGUUGCAGACAAGUGGCGGCUUUUACUAUUGGAAGAUUUAAUUGGCAUUUAGAGCCCUCCACACACAUACACACACAUAAUUUGUACACACAUACAAAUAUAUAUACACAUACAUACACACUUCCAUUCAUACUUUCAAAAACACGUUUAUAUAUAUACAUAUAUAUA